GAUUAUAUGACAGCUGUAUGCAUGGCUGCUAACCUGAUCUCCUGCGACAGCCAGAUUUCAUUCCAAAUAGGCACAAUUUGACCCUGAAUAGCAACUGUUCAUAGCUUUUUAAUGUAAGUAAAUACUGAAGGGGUAUAGAUUACCAGCAAUUACAUGCAGGCUGUCGCUGCUGUGUGACUGCGACCAGCUUUCUCAGCAGCUACAUAUUGCAUUUGACAAGGGAGAAUUCCUGUCUUGGGAAAACUCCUUUUGUUUUUCAUCCUUUUUUUGGGACUAAAAGCUAUGGCGGACACCGAAAUCGGUAUGCUUUCUGCUUGAGGAAGAUCCACUGCGUGGAAAUGCAUUUUAAGCAAGUACAUGACACCCUCGUUGAAAUAUGAAAGAACUGAAAUCCAUCAAGUGGAUGCUAGUCGGUAAACUGACCAAAGACGUGAUUGACGUUGCCAGAUAUAGGUUCAUCUUGGAAUGCUGCUACCGAAGAACUGUUCUUACAUUAACCAUGUAACACAGACAAGUGCUCUCCUGCAUGAUGUCUGAAUAACAUUUACGAGGCAUUUGAAAAUGAGUGAGUGUAAUCAACAAGACGACAAUCUCAUCCCGUGUAGAAUCCCACUAACAAAGAGAGAGUCUUUUACUAACAUGCAGUUAGAGGACUUAUUUGCUAGAAAAUGCAAGGCCAUGAAUGGCACUAUGGGUCCCCCUACUGCCCUAAAUGUCGGUGUAAAGGCUGAUUCAAGCGGGCAGAAUGGCACACCAGCAAUGCCCAAGAUGGGUGUACGAGCACGAGUUUCUGAAUGGCCACCUAAAAAAGAUGGCUCUAAGGAGAUGUGUAACAAAAUAAGCUGGGACAGUAGAGCUCAAAGUAGUUAUGAGUGCAUUGGAUCUGCAACUACAGGUGGCCAAAGCGACCAAAAUGAUAUGAUGGAGAAAUCUCUUGACUUGGAAUUUUCAGGGGCCAAAUACUCAGUUGGUGAUAUUUUUUGCCAAUCUCCUCAAAGGGGACUUUAUCCUAUACGACAACGAAGCAACAGUGAUGUGACUAUUAGUGAUAUUGAUGCUGAUGAUGUGCUUGACCAAAAUGCUGUAAAUCCAAACACUGGAGCUGCUCUUCAUCGAGAGUAUGGGAGUACAUCAUCUAUAGACAGGCAAGGUUUAUCUGGAGAGAAUUUUUUUGCGAUGCUCAGAGGGUACAGAGUUGAAAACAUGGAGCACAAGAACCUGGCACCAUUUACAUUUUCUGAUGUUUUUCAUUGUGAUCCUACAGUCUCUCCUAGCUUGCAAGCGGCUGCCCAGAUUUCUAGAGGACAGUUUGUUCGAAUUUCUGGAUUUGAUUAUAUGGAUGGUGCCUUAUUAAUUGGAAGAGACAGAGACAAGCUGAUGAAAAAGCGACUGAGAACUGAUACCUUUGAGUCACCUUUGUUUAGGAAGUUGAGGACUGUAAAAAGUGAGCAUGAUGCAUUAAAAUUUUCCUUUGACCUUGACGAGGGUAGAUUUGAAAAGGGUAUUCAUCUUUGGACCUGUGAAAAAUGUUUUGCCCAUUAUGACGUUCAGAGUAUGUUGUUUAAUGUCAAUGAAGCUAUGGCAACACGGACCAAUGUGGCAAAACGUAAAAAUAUAACUACAGGGGCAUCAGCUGCAUCACAGUCUCCCACAUCUGGGGGACAGCCUGGGAACUGUGAAUCCCCUCUGGGAAGUAAAGAGGACUUGGACCCUAAAGACAACAACGAAACUGAUGAAGGAGAUGGCAAAAGUAAUGACAUUGUUUUGAGUUGCCCAUAUUUCCGAAAUGAGAUUGGAGGUGAAGGAGACCGAAGGGUUGCACUUUCAAGAGCAAACUCCUCCUCAUCUACUCAAGUUAGUGAAAGUAGUUCUUUUGAAUCUUCUCUAAGUUCUCAUUGUACUAAUGCUGGCGUCUCUGUUCUGGAGGUGCCGAGAGAAAACCAACCUGUUCACAGGGAAAAGGUCAAGCGUUACAUCAUAGAGCACAUAGACCUGGGAGCAUAUUAUUAUCGGAAGUACUUUUAUGGAAAAGAGCACCAGAAUUACUUUGGGAUUGAUGAUAACUUGGGACCAGUUGCUGUCAGCAUUCGCAGGGAAAAGGUGGACGAUGUUAGAGAAAAAGAAGGAUCUUCAUUUAACUAUCGAAUAGCUUUUAGAACCAGCGAGCUUACAACGCUAAGAGGAGCAGUUUUAGAGGAUUCUAUCCCAUCAACAGCUCGGCAUGGCUCUGCACGAGGACUUCCUCACAAAGAGAUCCUGGAAUAUGUGAUACCGGAGCUGAAUAUUCAAUGUUUACGGCAAGCCAUUAACACGCCGAAAGUUUCUGAGCAGUUGCUUAAACUAGAUGAGCAAGGGCUGAGUUUUCAACACAAGAUUGGCAUACUAUAUUGCAAAGCAGGCCAAAGCACAGAAGAAGAAAUGUAUAAUAACGAAACAGCAGGGCCUGCUUUUGAAGAAUUCCUUGACCUUUUGGGUCAGAGAGUGCGCUUAAAGGGAUUUACUAAAUACAGAGCUCAAUUAGAUAAUAAAACGGAUUCAACAGGAACACAUUCCCUGUACACAACAUAUAAAGAUUAUGAACUCAUGUUUCACGUUUCAACUAUGCUUCCAUACAUGCCAAGCAACAGGCAGCAGCUACUUAGGAAAAGGCACAUAGGUAAUGACAUUGUGACAAUAGUCUUCCAGGAGCCAGGGGCUCUAUCGUUUACCCCCAAAACAAUCCGAUCUCAUUUUCAGCACGUGUUCGUAAUUGUUAAAGUUCACAAUCCAUGCACAGAAAGCGUAUGCUACAGUGUUGGUGUUUCAAGGUCAAAAGACGUUCCACCUUUUGGACCACCUAUACCCAAAGGAGUGACAUUCCCAAAGUCAGCUGUUUUUCGGGAUUUUCUUUUGGCCAAAGUGAUUAACGCAGAGAAUGCGGCACACAAGUCUGAAAAAUUUAGAGCCAUGGCCACCAGGACACGACAAGAAUAUUUAAAGGAUUUGGCAGAGAACUUUGUGACCACAGCCACUGUGGAUAGUUCAGUAAAAUUUAGUUUUAUUACUCUUGGGGCAAAGAGGAAAGAGAGGGUAAAACCUAAGAGGGACGCUCACUUUUUAAGCACUGGAGCUAUUGUAUGGAAUGUCAUAGCUCGGGAUUUUGGCCUUUCUGCCGAUAUUGAAUGUCUUCUUGGAAUAUCCAAUGAAUUUUUCAUCCUUGUUGAGAAGGAAUCCAAAAAUGUGGUUUUUAACUGCUCCUGCAGGGAUGUAAUUGGCUGGACAUCUGGAUUAAUGACUAUCAAAAUAUUCUAUGAGAGAGGGGAAUGUGUUGUUCUCUCUUCCGUGGAUAAUUGUGCUGAGGACAUCAGAGACAUUGUUCAGAGAUUAGAAAUUGUGACCAGAGGGUGUGAAACCACAGAAAUGACCUUGAGGAGGAAUGGUCUAGGACAGCUUGGAUUUCAUGUGAAUUUUGAGGGGAUUGUGGCUGACGUAGAGCCUUUCGGUUUUGCUUGGAAGGCAGGACUGAGGCAAGGAAGUCGAUUAGUUGAAAUAUGUAAAGUGGCGGUGGCAACAUUGACCCAUGAACAAAUGAUUGACCUUCUUCGCACUUCAAUAUCUGUGAAAGUGGUGAUUAUUCAACCACACGAUGAUGGUUCACCUCGGAGGGGUUAUUCGGAGCUUUGCAGAAUGCCUAUGGUGGAAUAUAAACUUGACAGUGAAGGCACUCCGUGUGAAUACAAAACCCCAUUCAGACGCAAUACCUCGUGGCACCGUGUGCAGGCUCCUGUAGGGCAGCUUAUUUCAUGUGCUUCGCCAACCUUAGGAGCGUCUGACAGGCUACCAUGCCAGCAAUUCCUCCAACAGUCCCAAGCUGCCAUCCCUCGCAGCACUUCCUUUGACAGGAAGAUAUCAGACGGUGCAAGAAGUUCUCCAAGCAACCAAUCUUCCUCCAGUGAUCCAGGGCCAAACAGCAGUGUUCAAUGGAGACCGCAUAUGGGAUUUGAGGGAUGCCCAUCUCCCUUGCUGCAUGAAAAUCAAGGCUUAGUUUCAAUGGAAUGUGAAGCAAUUCGAGAUACUGAAGAAAAUAUAGAAGCCAUGAAACAUUCAGAAGCACAGUGGCAUGUAUCAUCAGCCAAGAUACGGAGUUCAUAUAAGGAGAGAGGUUUGCAAAAAGAAAGCAGCAUGAAGAUCUCUCCAAACAAGCAUUCGCAUAUUGCAGAUAAAAGCUGUUCUAGUCAUUCUAGCAGCAACACUCUUUCAAGUAAUGCAUCGAGUAAUAGUGAUGAGAAGCCAUUUGGCUCUGGAGACAUUAUAGAUCCUGAAUUACUUGGACUAACCUACAUUAAAGGAGCAUCCACAGACAGUGGCAUUGAUACGGCACCUUGCAGCAUACCUUCUCAAGGCAUAGAUCAAAGUCAUCUCCUAGGCAGGAGAUCUGUAACCCACAGUAGAACAGAACAAAUGUUGCAAUGGAACAACUCUUCCGAUGUCUCGAUGCCCGGAGACGGGCAUGCAAACGUAUACUCUGUACAUAACUAUUCUCCAAGCAAUGCUGCCGAAGGGAGUAUUGGAAAUCUUAGUGAGCUGUCCUCACAUUCCAGUGGGUCACAUCAUUCUGGAAGCCCUUUAGGACGUUCUUCGAAACCAAGUGGGAACUUGGACUCUUCCAAGGCUUACAUUGUUCCUCAUGGACAACAAACAUCUGGAUCUGUGGCAAAAUCUUUCCAGAGACAAGGCGCUGUAAGCAAAUAUGUCAUUGGAUGGAAGAAGUCUGAAGAUAGCCCUCCUCCUGAAGAGAAUGAAAAUGCAGAGUGUCACGGAUUCUACAGUGAUGGAGCCAAGUGUGCAUCUAGUAAUUUGCAGGAUUCGGUGAUGGAUGCAGAAACUGAGAGCCAGAAUGUCCUUUCAAAAGAAGACUUUCUAAAAAUGAUGAUGCCUGACAGCCCAAUUGGGGAAGAAGGAAGAAGAAAGUUCUCCAUUUUUGGGAACCUAUCUCCUAGAAGAUCACUUUGUCGGACGCUUUCUGAUGAGAGUAUAUGUAGCAACCGUAGAGGAUCCUCGUAUGGUAGUUCUCGUAGUUCAUUACUUGAUCAAGCCUUGCCAAAUGACAUUUUAUUCAGUACAACACCACCCUACCAUAGCACACUUCCGCCACGUGCUCAUUUGAAUCCUGGGAUGGGAAAUCUAAAAAGUGAUUGUUGGUUCUCUGAUGGGUCGCUGUCUGAUAAGGCAAAGUUUCAUGAUCCAGGACUGAUACCUCUUCCAGAUACAGCAAGUGGAUUAGACUGGUCUCAUCUAGUUAAUGCAGCUCGAGCCUUUGAAGAACUAUCCAAUGCUUUGGUUCUGAAAGGUUUUGACUCAGAGGAAGAGAUUGAGCCUGUCUGUCAUCACACGUGCUUUCUAGAUCAGAGAGUGGGGUCAUUUUGCACUUUGAAUGACAUGCAACGUGAGCAGGAAUUUAAAGAGUCCCAGGAACUACCUCUGUGCUCAGAGUCUCUCGGUGGAAAAGAUUUUAGUGAUCCUGUAGGAGAGAACCCCCCUUCAACGCUGACUGGGAAAGUAAACCAACUUGAAGUGAUUCUCAGACAGCUACAAACAGACCUGCUUAAAGAAAAAGAAGAUAAGGCCAUGCUCCAGGCUGAGGUCCAUCACUUACGUCAGCAUAAUAUAAGGCUUCAAGAAGAAUCGCACACGGCUUCGGCACAACUGCAGAAAUUCACAGAGUGGUUUUUCAAUUCAGUGGACAAGAAAGCUUAAUACAUUUUUGGUAACAAAUUCUCUUGAAAGUAGGAAAGUUUUAACCCCUGGGUUGAUUGCAGAGGGGACCAAUGCAUGAAACUGUAUUACCACUUUGCCACUCAUAGGGUUAAAGUGCAAUAUUUUAACUUAAAUACAUAUAUAAAAAGAAAUAUUUGUUUCUGAGCCAGUUUUCAUUGUGUCAGUAUUCACUAAUAAUAAUAAUAAUAAUAACAAUGUUUUUCCUAUGACUUUUGGUGAAUAUUCCCUCGGUUUUCAUAGAGCAGUGGAUACUAGUCAGCUUACAAUUUGAAUGUAGAACAUGCUGUCUCCAGCAGCUUCAGACGUACAGCUUUUUUUGCUUACGUCUCUCGUUUAAAGGGUAUACUUGAGUUAAUGGUUUCCCCUGUGAAGAUGGUAAAUGAAAAUAUGAUGUAAGUACAGUGUAAGAAAAGAUAUGUACACUUAUCUAAUCUCACAUUAAAUGGUGCUCUAUUUUUUUGUAUGUACAAUAGUUAAUUUUCAUUGUUAUAGCAAUAAGAAUUAUUAUAUAUUAUUCUUAGACACAGACUUGUUUUGUGCCAUUAGCGAAUAAUGUAGUCAACACCAGUUUGUUGCAAUAGUAUUAAAAGGUUAUUUAUUUCCAGGAGGAAACGGUGCCUGAGGAUAUAAAUAGUGUUUUUAAUUUUUUAAGAUGUUCAGUACAUGUAAUCUAAUGGUUUGGCGGCAGGCUGGCUCCACAGUUGAUAGCACUGCAUAGUAGAUGUGCAAUAAAAAAUAAAAAAAAACGCUAGUAAAGUGUUUAACUUUAUUAUGGUGUUUGAUGUUUGAAAGCUAAUUCUUUGUAUAUUGGUAUUUUUUUCUGUUAACAAAGAUUUGAUUGUAUGUCACGUUCAUUUUAAAUUAUUUAACCCUAAUAUUUAAUUUUAUAAAGAUUGUGUUUUGUUAGCAAUAAACGGUAACAAAUGGCAGUGAGACAUUGUA